AUGGCUGACGAGGACGUUAUUCGCAGGCGUCUACUGAUAGAUGGGGAUGGAACUGGUGAUGACAGACGGCUUAAUGUUUUACUUAAAACUUUAAUAAAGUGGUCUAAUAGCACUGACGAAAAACCGGAAGAGAGCAAAGCAACACACGACAGAAUGCUUGCACAGCUAGCACAAUGUGAAUUUGCAGUUACAAAAUCACAAUUAGGCUCAGAGAUGAUGGCCGCUGAAUUGAAGAGCUAUGAAGCACUAUCAAAAAUACUUGAAAACGGUAUAGAAGUAGCCAAAGGUAAUAUAGAAAAGAGCAAAGCAGAUUUGACACAAGCAAAAACAGUUAGAAAGAAUCGUAUUGAAUAUGAUGUUCUCGCAAAAGUCAUCAGCGAACAGCCUGAUAGAAAAGAAACUUUGGAACGUCUUAGUACAUUAAAAAUGGAGUUGAGCAGUUUAGAAGGGACGCGACAGCAGUUGGAGAGCCGUCUGUCUUUGAGAAAAAAACAAUUCCAUGUAUUAGUAACAUCUAUACAUCAAUUACAAGCAUUGUUAGAUGAAAAUGAUGAUAUAGAAAUAACUUCUGAUGAUGUUGAAAUGAAAGAAGUUUCUAUUUAA